CCUUCGAGUCGAUUAGAUGCAGAUAAGCAGUCGUGGCUCAAAGAACGAUGACCAUGGCGGGAAAAUUCACAGCUCUUCUCGUUUUGGUGCUAUGUCACCAAGCGCAUAGUGGAUUGUUGAAUAUUUUUGACUCGAGUGUGGAUUACGAUUUGGCCGAUUCCAUUGAUGCUGUUUUCGGAGCUGUGAUGAACGACAUGAAAGCCCUUUUGCGUGGGGCUUCCAGUGCUCCAAUCGAAGAAGAUGUGACAUUUUGGUGUGGAAAACGAGGAUCUCCUACUUUAAAACAAACAUAUUUGAAUGACCCAAAUUUGAGUGAUAAAAUCAAUCUUAAUGGUUCUAUCACUUUUAUCACCCACGGAUGGUUAGAUAACGUUACUCGCAAUUGGUUCCAAAAUAUGGCUCAAGACGUGCUGACUUACUCCGAUACCAAUGUGUGUGGUGUGAAUUGGGCGCAUCUUGCCCAGUUUAAUUACUAUACAGCGGCAAUUAAUCACACCGUACUUGUGUCUGAUUAUCUUACCACAUUUAUCCGUUACAUAAAUGGAGCGGGUAUUCCACUGGAGAAAAUAACACUCGUUGGCCAUAGUAUGGGAGCACAAAUUAGUGGCCAGACAGGAAAUAAUCUAGGCGGUCAAAUUGCAAAAAUCUAUGGACUGGACCCGGCUGGACCGUGUUUCACUAUGCCAAUCGACCGAGGAUUAAGAUAUCGAUUGGAUCGCAGUGAUGCCAAAUUUGUUCAAACAAUCAUCACAUCCAGGGGCACAAUUGGAGUGGCAUUCGGAGAUGGACAUGAAAAUUUCUACCCCAACGGUGGAGCUUCUCCGCAGACCAAUUGCAUACUCCCAUUGACCAGUGAUGCUGAGUUCUACGAUCAAAUCAUGUGCAGCCACUUGCAUGCAACGUCAUUGUUCCGGUAUGCGUUGAACCCAGCGAUACAGUUUAAGAGCCGAAAAUGCGGAUCAUAUGCAUCAUUUAUGCUUAAGUUGUGCUUUUUGAAUGAGCAAAACCUGUUGGGUGUUUAUAGCAAAAAAUCGAGUGGUGAUUACUACCUACAAACUUCGGCAGUAGCUCCAUAUAAUCGACCAUUGUUAAUAUAAAUAUGUAGCCCGAAAGUUAAAUUUUUACCUGCUUCUUUUUGUAUUGGCAUUUUUGUAAAAUAAACUAACUACUAGGUAUCACUUUUAUAUGAAA